UUUCUAUCUUUUUCAGCAUGACGACGGGAAUGUUGUCAAACCCUGAAGACGACUGUGUUGGUGCAGUACCGUGAUUAACCGCACGGGGGAGACAGAACCGCAUCUAUUGACAGCCCAAGCAGACCAUCGACGUCAUUGCUGCUGCUCGUGUUUGAAACAGCGCACGAAUGAGAGGAAAAUGACCGUCUGUGGAUGAAUGAAGCUAACGGAGACAUCCGGUUGUCCCCAACAGACGUUCUGUACUCCGACUAUGAGCCUCCGGUGUGUUUCGGUGUCAGAGGCACGUUGCUGUCUGGGGGAUUGACGUCUUCCUUAACACCAUCACCGAAAACAUCUGUCCUCCUCUGACGACGUCAUGCCCAUCACCGUCCUCCUGGUCGGAAUUCUGUUUCUCUGUCCGGUUGGCCGAGUAGCCGGUCAGGAAGGAAGCCAGUCACCUGCCCAGGUGCUCCAGGACCUGCUGACCCGUUAUGGGAACAACAGCACCAUCACAGUGCCUCAGCUGCGCUCCCUUCUAGCGGCUCUCAGCCAGGAUCAGAGUGAAAACUUCCAAGAUGUCAGCCACGUGGGUCAGACGACGACCGCCACGCCUCCUAAAACCAACAGGUCAAAGUGCUUGCCUGCAGACACUCUGGCUAUCUACAGCAUCAGUGAGCAGUCACGGCUGGACGAGCAGGGGCUGCAGAGGUUGUGCCCCACCCUGCUGCAGCAGCUCGAUGCCAGAAGCUGCAAGAGCAAAAAGGAGGAGGAGCCAAGCCCUGACCCCUCCCCCAGGCCCACGUAUGCUGAAGUGUGGGGCUUUUCUUUCUUGAGCGUGACGGUGAUCAAUGCCUUCGCCCUCACCGGACUCUUCAUCAUCCCGCUGCUGAAGACGAGUUUUAUGAAACACAUUCUCAGCUUUUUCAUCGCUCUCGCCGUCGGCACGCUCUUCUCCACUGCCGUGCUGCAGCUCCUGCCUGAGGCUUUUGGUUUCGACCCACUGGUGGACUUCUACGUAUCCAAAUCUGCGGUGGUCUUCGGUGGCUUCUAUCUCUUUUUCUUCACAGAAAAAGUUCUCAAGGUUCUCCUGAAGCAAAAGAACGGGGGCCACGGCCACAGUCACUACUCUGCUCCGGACCGGGAUGUGGAGGAGGAGGGGGAGAAGCUGCAGCAGAACGGAGCAGCCGGCAGUCUGGCUCAGGGGAAGCUGGAUGCCGGGGAGGGAGAGCUGAUGCUCAGCCCCGCACAGACGCCACAGGAGACUCCGAGUCCAGAAAGCGGGGCCCGGUCUGGGACCAGUGGCGGCGGCUGCUAUUGGCUGAAGGGAACCACCUACUCUGACAUCGGCACGCUGGCCUGGAUGAUCACGCUGAGCGACGGCCUGCACAACUUUAUAGACGGUUUGGCCAUCGGGGCGUCCUUCACCGCCUCUGUGUUCCAGGGCAUCAGCACCUCCGUGGCCAUCCUGUGUGAGGAGUUCCCACACGAGCUGGGAGACUUUGUCAUCCUGCUGAAUGCUGGGAUGAGUAUCCAGCAGGCUCUGUUCUUUAACUUCCUGUCGGCAUGCUGCUGCUACCUGGGAAUGGGAUUUGGCAUCUUGGCUGGGAACAGCUUCUCUCCCAACUGGAUCUUUGCUCUGGCUGGAGGAAUGUUCCUCUACAUCGCGCUGGCUGACAUGUUUCCAGAGAUGAACGAGGUGAGUCGUGAGGAAGAGGAUGCGGGCGGCAGCAGGUUCCUCAUCACCUUCGGCAUCCAGAACGCGGGCCUGCUGACGGGAUUCUCCAUCAUGCUCCUUCUCACCAUGUAUUCAGGACACAUACAGCUGGGGUAGCCUUCCUUCCCCCACUGGGAUGAAGCGGGCUCAGACGGAGGCAGGAAGACUGAAACUUGUUUCUCUUCAUCCUAACAAAACUGGGGGUGUUAGGUGUGCGGCAGGUACGCACAUGUCUCUGUCACCGAUGUUCUUGUCUUGUUUAGUCCAACAUGCAGUAGAGGAAGAGGGCCUGGAACUUUUCCUGACCGCCGUUUAGCCUCUGUUCUCCAGAGCAGCGAUCCGGUUCUCCUCAUUUAUGACCUCCUGUUUGGAUCUGAUCUGGGACCUGCUGAAGAGCAGAGAACUGAUACGACUCUGGUAAAGCACAAUCAGAGCAGCUGUUCGGAUUCGGGACCCUCAUUCCUCCUCCUCCUCUUCUUUUGGGACCUUAACUGGAAUUAUUCUAACCGGCGUCCAUCUUGAUCCAUUCUGUUUGUAACCCACUAUAAAACACGCUAGCGUGACCUUUCAAGGCCAGCUGUGCUUCAGACCGACGAAGGGCUUCCCGGGGACAACUGCACACGUUACUUUUCUGAGGAAUGAACUUUUCCUCAUCCAUGGGUUAGGGUUAGAGAUUCCUGAUGAAUCCCAGUUCACACCUGUCAGGUGUUACAUGCUUUAGUGACUUGUUCCAGAUAAGAUGCGUUUGUCAGUAGUUAACCGUCUGUGCCCUUCAUCCUAGCAGAAAAUAUCACAGAUGUACUUAUAGGUGAGAGUCCGUUAGUUUUCCUAAAGUUUUCCCAGACUGGUUAACGUGCUACCGGAGUACUGUACGCUGCUCUGUGACAACGCCAUAAGUAUUUAGAGUAAGAACAAUAAUAUUUAAGGUUAACGGUUGUUUUGUACAUUAAAUGUUCUGAGAGACGGCCUCUCCACUUUCACCUCUGGACUCGAGCUGGAUGCAGGAUUCAGGAGCAGAGCGAUGAGAGCCAUUCCUUCGCUAAUGAUGCUAAACGAGACAUUUAGGGUCUCGGAAGGUUCAAAUUUCUGAUUCCUUAAAACGUUUCACUUCCCAUCUGAGGAAUUUUCAGGCAGAAAAAUGCAAGAACAAGAAAAAAGUGUCCAGCUUGACACGCAGGAUGUUCCGAUGUUUUCCGGAUGGUGGAAGUUUGACUCGGACACGGGAAGAACACCGACUUAACCGCCGCGACACCAGAACCAGAGACAGGAAGAGUUUCCUACGGAUCUGCUGCAGCAGCUUGGAGCAGAAGGAGCUCUGUUAGUCCAGAACAAAUUUAUUUAGUUUUAUUUUCUGAUCCAUGAGAGAGAAAACCCUUCCUGGAGCUGGUCAAACUUCCUGUUUGACUCGUGUCCCGCAGGACUCCGUUCAGGGCUCAGAUUAGAUGGCGAAGACAGAACAAAAAUCCUGUUGGACCUCCUGGGUUUGGGAAAGUGAAACGUCUUCAAGAAAAUAAAGAAUUCCUGUUUGUUUUUUCUCUGAGUCAACGGGGAUCAUCCCAGCCUGGAUGGCCUGAGUUGACUGUUCCGAUUCUAGUCUCGUCAUCUUAUGGAAUCACAGAAAAACAAGCUUUGUUUUACUGAAAUGACGAAACCAGGGUGCUCAACAUGCAGCCUGCGGGCCAUUUGUAGCCCUCUGAAUGAUUUCUAGUGGCUGGGAGCACGAACAGUUUUACUGAAAUGCAGAUUUAUGUGCUCUGCUGAUAAAAGGAGACGUAAUCCAGCAGACACGAGAACAGAACUGAGGCCCAAUCCCAAAACUCGCACUGCGCCCCACGCUCUUCUGUGAAGUGCACUUGGAGGAAGUGUGCAACAAGGCUUCGAGUGCGUGGCUCACAAGUGUGUAGAUAGCUGCAGAAUUGAGACGGGAAGCGUUGUGUCAUCGACUGCCACGCAUGCCGGGAUGCUGGUUGCUGUUACUUUUUUCAAAAACCUUUAUUAAUAAGUUUUAAACAAACAGUUAUUUGAAAUAAAUUUGCAUUCAUUGCUGCUUUAAGACACUCAGAGUAUCGACAAAUCGUCCUGAAAUGAACUGCUUUCAUUAGAAAAUACAUACUUGAGCCUUUUCUCCUGCAGUGAUGGAUUGUGAGUAAUACACUUCAUCCAAGUCUGCAGCGAUGCGACCUUGGAUGAAGGGCAGAUCUAGGGUGCAAAAGGGGCGUGAUCAACUUCCGCACUAGAGAAUCGGCACACUCUAAGCGCUCGCACCUCGUUCACGUUUCCAUUUUUAUUUAAGGACAGUGCACAUUAAUCAACAUUCUGUAAAUGUGCCGGUGUUAGCCAGCAGGCUAAUUUUCAGCUGUAGUCCAUUGGCAAGAUGUUCUACUAAGCACAUGACGGCUAAGAAGAAAGAUUAUAUUAAAUGAGCAUAAUAAAUUGCACAAGAAUUAAUAUACGACAAUAAAACACAAAGCCAUUGCACUUACUGGGUUAAAACAUAAAAACAUACAUUCAUAUUCAAUUCAACUUUAUUAACGGACUCAAGGUCCACAUUAAAAAAAAGACAUAAAAACGAUACAAAAGAUUAUAAAAGACAUGCAUACCAGUGUCUCCACAUGGAUGACUGGUAAAGCACUGCACUAAAAUGGGGAUCAACCAGCAUCUGCACAAGUCUGUUCUUAGAGUUCUUCAAUCCCAAGAUAAACCUGUACAUCAAAUUCCUCAUUAUGGCUUGGAAGGUCCCGACAUGAGCAUUACAAAAUAAAAGACUUGCACUACAGGACCGAGGCUUCCCUAGCAGAGUCCUAAAUGCAUCGUUGAAUGCUACUUUAAGCUUAUGCAAGCUGGCUUUCCUAUACUUACACCACAAAGGUGCAGUAUACAUAGGUGUGCAGUAGGUUGUAAAAAGGUGGAUUUUUAUCUUAUCAGAACACGUGUGGAAUUUCCUGACCAAAAUAUUGGCUUGGGCAUACAAAGCGCUACAUUGCCGGUAAAUGUCAUCGUCACAGAGCUGAUCUGUGAUGAUGUGACCCAAAUAUUUCGCUUUGUCACUGACCCUGGUCUGUGUUUUAGCAUGAACCCGUCUAAUUACUGGGAAACCUGCUUUUGACCAGCGUGCUUUUAAUGACUCGGAUUUUCGGCUCCGUUUCGUAUCAGAUUCGUCACGACACAAAAAUCAUCACCAGAACCAUCACAAACACUUCCUCUUGAAAUUUUCCAAACACUAUGCAUUGUUGCCUUGAAAGAACGGGGAAUUUGCGCCCUCCAAUGGCAAAAAACAGAACAAUGCCCUGACAGCAUUUAGAAGAGAGAAGAUCUGGAGUUGCUUCCCUCUAGUGUCUGAAAGCGGGUACUACACGUUUGCUUUUUAUAACCGUUAUGAAGAGAAUAUCUAAGUGUUUUUAUCUUAAUGAAUAUUUAAAAAAAAUCUUAGUCUUUCUCUUUGUUCUCCUGAAAUUUUAACAUUAAAGCUUGGUUAAUGCUUGAUGCAUUUACUUUCUGCUUGGUGAUGCGGCUCGCGGACGGAACGCGCUUCACAACUCGCAGCGUUUAUGGUUCAUGCGGCUUGUCUCUGCGGUGAGCCAAUAUUCUCCCAAACAGUAGGGGGCAGCAUGGAGCUCUGCGGCAUGCAUCCAACACUACACCAUAGUAGACGUAAAAAUUACUGUUGUUUACAACAUGGCAUUCCAGCAUUUUUUAACAGCGUCCUCGUCUUUUCCGACAGUGCGAGCUAUUUCUCUCCAAGAAUUAUUAACGACAUGUUGAUCACGGCGAUCUUUGAGAGCUGAAUCAUACAAAUGUCACUGACACUUAUCUUGUCGACCAAGUAGAAGUCUGGGAAACAGAGAUCCUUAUCCCCUUUGGUUCGACAAAUCAGCACAACACUCUUUUUUUGCAUUAAACUGCACGUCGUACUUCAGCCCAUAUUCAGAGCGUGGGUUUAGCAGCUGCUGAAAUCCAGCACUGCUGGGCGAAAUGAUGGCCAAGUCAUCAGCAAACACGAGCUGAUUAAUCAGAUUGUUACCAAUCCUACAUGCAGCUUUACAUUUCUUGUGUUGAUUUGACAAAUCAUCCAUGUAGAGGUUGAACAGAGCAGGUGGCAGUAGCCCUCCUUGACGCACCCCGUUGUUAACCAUACAACUCAUUGAAAAAUCCAAAGUAGCCAUAUAUCCAUCAAUCUCGCAUACAUCCAAUAGGUUACACAAUAAAGUCUAAAAACAAACAUCCAAUGAUUAUUAUGAGAGGUGUUCACAUUUGUGUGUGUGCUUAAAAGCCCGUUCUUACGACGGAGUGGAAGUGCGAGUUUUGGGAUUCGGCGUAAAACUCCCAUCAGAAACAGGAAGUCUGAUGCUUUUUCACUAAAGAAAAACACUUUAUCCUGUUGUCUUCACAUGAUGUGUAAAGGAUUCCAGUAAAGUUAUUCCUACAUGUUUAAAUCUAAUUAAUCGUGAAACAACGAGGUUUUUAGUCUAGUUUCUUUAGUGGAGAAGGCUCAGAACCGAAAAGUGUUCCUGAAUCCGUCGCCAGUCGUCCUCGUUUCUGAUGAAGUAUUUUUAACUCUCUGGUGUUUUAUAGUUACUGUAACAGAAUAAGUACGCAGUCAUUAUCUGAUGGUGAAGAGAAGAUCUUAGGAUUUCAUCAUGAACAUGGGUUUGUCUGCAUGCACUUCAAAUCAUCUGGAUGUUAGAUUUGAUCUCAACUGAAUUCAUAUUUCAAGACAUUUUAGUCAGAAAGCAUCAGAUUUUACACCUUAUUUAUAUUUCUUUGGCCAAAAUGAAACAACGUUGAUAUCGUUUUAAUAUCAGGUGAUAGUUUUAAUCACGUUAGAUGGUUUCUAUCGAUGAAGGAGCCAUGAAAGGAAGCAGGAAUUAGUCUGGUCCCAGGCACGUUCCUCAGACCUGAUAUCUGUUCGUAUUUAUCGGAGAUAAAACUGCUGCUCCAUAGAUGAGAUUAUUUAUUAAUUUUGAGCCAUAAAAUAUUUAUUUAGUGCUUUAAUCUUGAAGCCAAAGCAGCAAACGAUCUCCUGUUGUUGGUUUUGAUGAAUCUUUGCAGCGUUGGGUGAUUGGUUUGGAUUUCAGCUGAAACCGGAACGCGUUUGGUGAUUUCUGUCUUCUUCCUCUCACACUUCCAGGUCUUUUUGUAUCCUGUGUAGUUUUAGUCUUUCCUGUCAGUUACAGAAACUUUUAUAAACAUUAUUUUCCAUGAAAACUGUGUUUGAGUCUCUUCAGUGAGUUCUGCUUCAGCUGGAGGUGAUUUUGGUUUGACGGAUAAAAAUAGCAGUCGGUUAAUUAAAAUCUUAGUUUUAUUAAACAACAACUCACUUUAUUUCUGCUUUAAUGUGUUUGUUAGACCUACCAACGUUUAUUUCAUUUAGUUGAGAACGGGUUAAACUUUAGAGGGUCAGAGGACUUAUUUUACCGUACGGUGAAGGUUUAUACUAGAAUAAUUUAGUUUUUUAUUAUUUCCAGUGUUGGGAGUAACGCAGUACAAAUGUAAUUAAUUACUGUAAUGCAUUGCUUUUUGCUGUAAUGUGGUAAUGUAAGGCAUUACAGGGAAAAAAAUGGUAAUAUUUACUCAGUACAGUUGUCAGUAAUGCGGUAAUUACAAUGCAUUUUUAAACCCAGAAUCAAGAUGUGGGUUUCCUAAAAAUUCUAAUUGCGGGAAGCCUGAAAAAAGAUCCGGUAUCCACAUAUAUGACGUCAUUUAUGGACUCAGCUUUGCAGGCAUUCUAUGAGCAGAGAGGACGCAGCGGUAACGGCUCAAAUACUCCAGCUGCGUCCUGCGCGCGGCCGCUGUUAUAUUCACAAAAUCGCUCUGCCAAAACAAAGUCAUUCGUUUGUGAUCGUUUAUAUCAGCCCAUAUUCUCUGGUACUUCAUGUACUUUUCAGCUGAGUUCAUAAUCUGUGCCCCGGUGAUUUCAACUCAUUGCUGCAGGAGCGCAGCGCAGAUGAAGCUUUUAUUUUUAUUUUUUUGUGUUCGGUAGAUCCAUUUGGCUGAUUAGUUAGAAAGUAGGAAAUCUAGGAAACAGUUUUUCUGGAAGACGGAGAAAACAUGCAGCAUGCAGGAAGGUUAGAGAAAGGGCCGGAAAUUAUUCAAAUAAAAUCUAGAAAACAAAACAAAGUGCUUGAAAAGAAAAAGAGUAGGUAGAUUUAUCCCCGAUACACAUUUUUACCAGUGAAAAGCAAUAAUAUAUAAGCAUUUAAUAUUUAUACAUGUGAUAGAAUCAGAUCACCCCAGAAGUCAGUCCCACAUCCAGGGCCGUAUCAAGGCAUUUGGGGACCAAGGCAAAUAUAGGCUUGGAGCCCCCACCACCUCACUCCCUGCUCAGUUAAUCUAAGAUGGCAGCGUGCUGAGAGUACAGAUUGUUGUUGCUUUUAUUUAAUAAACAAUCAUUUUAAAGCAC